AUGUCCUCCCGGCAGCCUACGCGCCGCUCCGAUGCGGACGGUCCCCGGGGGAACAGCAGGAUGUUCGCGUUUAUGAGGCAGUCGACAGGGCCCGAGAGCGGCGUUGGUGGCGGUGGUGGUGGAGGAGGGGCACGAGGGCGAGGAGGAGCUGUCAAUAAUUCCACUCCAAUCGCUCAUAACACCCGAUCCGGACAAGGGAGAAGGCAACAAGCUGCACCUGCUGAGAAAGUUGAGGAACUCCACGAUGUUGACGAGAUCAUCGCCCAGUUCAGCGACCUCACCGUACGCGGCAAUCGCUCGGCGCAACAAAUUAAAGCUAAUUUGGCCGCUUGUAAAUAUUUGGAAGAAAUGGAUGAGGAUGAGUGGAUGCAGUUGAGUGGGGAGCUCGUCCAGGUGGCUUUCGAUGAGGCUGAGACCGACUUCAUUGUCGAUGUUAUCGGGACUUUAUUGAAGCACCAACUUUUCUGCGAUGUGAUGCGCGCCGAGCUUGCCCAAGUCUCCGCCUCGUAUAUCAUGGGGGGUAAAACCGACCAUUCGGUUCCGAAGCUUUUCGGGACGCUACUAUGCGCAACAUGGCCAAGAGGUGCAACUAGGGAUACGGAGGCGAGCAACCCGGUCCUGUUCAUGACCAUGCAAAUCGUCCAGGGCUGGCUGAUCGUCCUCGAGCAGUCCGAGCAGGAGCCCAUUAAAACGCACGAGAACACGCAGAAGCGAGACUUUGAUCACCUGAAGGAUGAGGAAGCCUCCGGGAGUGAGGAUGAUGGCGAGCAGGAGGUGGUGGUAGAAGCUGAGCCGGCUGAAGGGGAAUCGGCAAGUCCGGAAAUCGUUGAAAGCUGUGCCCGCGCCGUGUGCUGUAUCGUGACCACCCAGAAGCGCUCGCUUUGGCUAAAGUGGCCGACGCUCUUCGAUCAAAUUUAUCAAGCCAUCCGCCCGCUCAUCACACAUUCCAAAGUAUUAUCGUGCGAUACCAAAGCCGAACUCCUCAACACACUACUGAUCCUUACCAAAUCCACAGAACGACGGGCA